UGGGUCAGUCUUGCAACGAGUCCUGCCUGAAGAGAUACUACCGGUUUUAUUGGGAUCGUAUCUUGUGUGCAGAAAUGGCGAGAAUUCUARUGAUUGUAGCGCUGAUGGUUGCUUGUGYGAUGGCCAAACCRGCCGCUAAAGAGCAAGCUCAACCUGGUUACGAGUUAUUCGAAGGUGACAUGAUGUUCACUAAAGAUGAAAUCAAGGCCGCUGAGGAAGGAAGGGACCCUAGUCAAGACGGUGGAGCACGUUCUCUGAUCAAGAACAGACGCUGGCCUAAUGGAGUAGUACCAUAUGUACUGGAUAAAAGUGUCAAAAAUAAGUUUCUGAAUGCUUUGGGGAUUAAAGGACCAACAGAACGAGCCAUAUACAGUGCUAUUAAAGAAUGGGAACAAAAAACUUGCAUACGAUUUGUACCUAGGACCAACCAGAAGAAUUAUAUUGAAUUUUUUUCCGGUGAAGGCUGUUGGUCUUAUGUCGGAUGUUUAGGACAUGGAAAGCAAAMGAUAUCGCUUGGUAGCUUCUGUUUUACUCAUGGAAUAGCUGUMCAUGAGAUAGGACACGCAUUAGGUUUUUAUCAUGAGCAAAGCCGACCCGAUCGUGAUAACUACGUUGAAAUCGUUUGGGACAACAUUAAAGAAAAAAACAAGCAUAACUUUAAAAAGUACGGUCACGGAACAAUUGACAGUCUAGGGGUACCAUAUGAUUAUGGAUCCAUUAUGCACUACGGGAAAAGGGACUUUGCAAAAUGGCCCUGGCAGACCACUAUCAAGGUGAAGAAGUCCGGUGCUUCUAUCGGUCAGCGGUCUCACCUCAGUCCUCUUGACGUCAAGCAGAUGAACAUGUUCUACAACUGCAAUGCCAAAUAAGGUCAAUCAAGAGUUAGACUCACGAAACGGCCUUUGAAUUUCCCAGACACAUAUUACUUGGAAGCAAUAAAAUUAAUGUUUUGUGCUGCA